CCGCUCCCUGUACGCACUUGUGGACAGGGUGCGUUUUGCUGAGGGUGCGCCUAGUCCCUGCGCAUGCGUGCGCCACGAUGCACGCACUUCGGGUGCGCCUGCUCCCUGCUUGUGCAUGUGCUGCGGAGCGUGUGCAGCGUGCGUGUGCUUCUUGCAUAUACCUGUUUGUGCGGUGUCCCGGUGUGGUGCAGUACCCCAGUGCGUCCAUUCCCUGUGUGUGAUCGUGGGCGUGGUGCGUGUGACCCAGGUGCACCUGUUCCUUCUGCGUGCGUGUGCCGCAGUGCGUAUGUCAUUGGUGCGUCAGUUCCCUGUGCGUGCCCAUGGACACAGUGCGUGUGCCCUGGAUGCACCAGUUCACUGAGUGUGCCUCUCAGUGCGGUACACAUGCCGGGUGCGCUGCUCCCGUUGUAUGCCGCGGUGGUGCGGAGCGUUUGCCGCAAUGCGACCGAGUCCGGCGCUUGCCUGUCAGUUCGGUGCAGUGCGCAUGCCCGGGUGAGCCUCCUCCUUGAGCGUGCAGCCAAGCGCGUGUCCCCGAUGCGCCUGUUCUCUGCGCGUGCCUGUCAGUGCGCUGCGCAUGCCUGUCGGUGCGGUGCGCUGCGCGUGCCCGUGUGCGUCAGCUCCGGGUGCGCCUUGCCAGCGCGCAGCUGCUCUAGCACCUGCUGGCGAGUGUGCGCCUUGGCCGCCCCUUCAUGUGCGCUCCUGCAGCGCCCUCUCCUGCAGCGCCCUCUCCUGCAGGCUCUUGGAGUGCGCUGUGGUCGGCAGCACCUAGCGGUCAACAGUGAGCCCGGCUUUCCUCUCGCUUUUUCAGGCACUUGGACGGAGAGUUUCUGGCAGAUUAGAGAAGUUGGUUGUAACGUGAGGUGCCCACGGAGACAUCCCUGCCACUCAGCCAGCCGCGACUGUGCCAGCUCCGGAAAGGUCUUGGUUUGAUUUUUGCCUGAAGGGGUGUUCUUCUUUGGACCUCCCGUCUCGGCAGCAGGGAUAGUGGCUGUUCAUCUGUAGGCGGCACUGGGGUUUGAACUCCGGCUUCAUGCUUGAUAUGCUGGCGGUUGAGCACGCUCCAUUCUCUAGGAUUCCCUUCUGACCAGCCAGUUCACUCUUACUCCAGGCCUGUUAUAGUCAAUACUUCUUGUUUUGACUUUGCUUAUUCAGAUUAUGGUGUGCGCUCUCUCUCUCUCUCUCUUUUUUCCGUACUGGGGUUUGAACUCGGGGGCUUCUGACCCAAGCCCCUUCCCCAGUCUUCUCUUUUUGAUUGGACCCAGGCUGACCUAUCACCUUUGCCUCUGACUCGCUGAAGACGUGAAUUUAGGACGUGUUUUUUCAUUUUCCACUAGAGGAGCAAUGCUGGUUUUGUAAUACUGAAGGUAUUUAUCAUGUAAAUAUUUUCUGUAAGUGUAACUUUCUUUACUGGGAAAUGAGAGCUGGGUUCUUGUACUGGGGUAGCUACCCAGAAGACAGUGUGAGGUGGCUGUUCCACAUCUCUUGUCUUACUUUACAGAUGCGGAAUGGCUAAAUGCUUUCCUCUCUUUCCUAAGAAUUUGGGGGCACUGUUUACUUCAGUGACUCACGGUGUCCUCCUGGGCUUGGUUCCUUUCUGUUGCUGUCAUCAGGUUUGUUGUAUUGUUAUUUCAAGUGUCGUAUUCUGAGGCCUGUACUUGACCGUAAUCCAGUUUUUCUGUUUGUGUUUCUACGUUCACAUGCUGUGUUUAUGCAAAUCAACCCAGUCCUUGGCGAUCGUUUUGCUUGCAUGGCAGUGUUUGCUUGUCUUAUGUGUACAUCCCUUAUUUCCACAGUUCUUUACAGCUUCUUUGGGGUACAUUCUUGUUGUAGAACCAUUGUUGAGCUUUGUCGGUACCUAUCCAGCAUCCUUUGCUCUCUUUACCUUAGCAUGGCCUAGAUUUUUCUUACAAUAAUCACCACUGCAGAGGUUUUGGGGGGGAUACACUCCACUUGUAGCUCCUAGGGUGAACUUUGAUUGGGGCUUAAAGUAACCUGACCUUUAGCAAGUCCAGUCCAGAUGCAUCUGUAUUCUCUUACUUGAGAUUUUUGGGACAGAGUGUGUACUUCCUUUUUGGGUUAUACGAUGUGUAAUGGGAUGCCUUUUUUUUUUUUAAGGAAUAGCAUUAACAUAAAAAUGUGAUUGCUUUCAUUUUAAAAUCAAGUAGUUAUAAGCUAAGAAAAAAUAUCUUAAAUUUUGGUAGUGACAUUCUUUUGCAGGUAUUAAAAGCUACAAAUGUAUUUCACUUUAUCAAAGUUUCUGGUUUCUUUAUGUAGUCCCACAAGUGUGUUCUGUAUGUACCCAAUAUCAUACCUAAACGGACACUCAGUCCCUUUGAUUUUAUUUAUUUAUUUUUAUUUAUUCAUUUUUGCAGCACUGGGGUUGGUUUGAACUCAGGGCCUCAUGCUUGCUAGGAAGACACUCUUACCACUUGAGCCUCUCCACUAGUCCCCCUUUGAUUUUAAAAGAACUUAAGUCUUAUUUGUUUAACUUUAAGGUAAUUUGAAAAUUUAAAGAAUUAUCUGUUCUUGAAGCAGAGUGCUGAAAAUAAGGCAAGUCUUUGAAAAUAUUCUUGCACUUGGUCAGACUGUCUUUGGUUAUGUUGUUUUGUGGCAGUAGAGGCUCUGACUAAAUGACUGCACAUAUUUGAAACCCAUUUUAGUUGAGCUGUUGAUGGAGAGGGACAGCAUGCCACAUGGCACACUUCAGUGUGAAUAUGGUCAUGAGACUGUCACCACUGUCCUCCCUUGGUCAUCUAUUGUGGUUCGGUCAUCCUCCUUUCUGUUUCUGCUCUCCAGGUAGUCUUAAUUCUCUGUCACUGUGAAUUAAUUUGCAUUUCUAGAUUUUUACAUAAGUGGAAUUAUACAGUAUGUACUCUUCUUUCAUCUGUCUUCUUACCGCAACUGUUUUGAGAGUUGUUCAUGUUGUAUAAGGUGUAUUAAUUGUUUUUUACUUUUCUUCACAAAACACUUGAUCUUGGAUCUCAUGGAGAUUUUCUUCUGGGCCAUCGCAGCUGUCGCUUUGCAGGGAUAGUGGUCAGUUCCAGCCACCAGAACUGUUGGAGUGGGCUGAAGUGCCAUCACCAGUGUUUUCACGAUGACAGUGUUGCAUCGAGAGAGGUGUCCAGCCAGGACCAGCACCGCUUUCCUGGGUUUCAUGAACUUGGCCCUUCCAGUAGUAGCUAGCAGGCCUACAGCAGCACGCAAGGAGGGCACCUCGCUGUAUGAUCUUGUAGAUACCCUUUAGAGGCUCAGGUAGUUUCUCUGUACUCGGUUUGAUGAGAGGUUUCUGUUUUUUACAUCAUAAUGGAUCUUAGUUCUUGUCACAUGCCUUUUCUGCCUUUAUUGAGAUACACAGGUAUUCUUGGAGCUGUUGCCCUCCUUUAGCUGCUUUCCUGCCUUUGUGGUCAUUUUGAGAGAGCUUCUCUGUAGUCAUAAUGUGUUCUGGUGUCCUAGCCAUGGUGUCCGUCUGGGGGUGCCUGUCAUUGCUUUGGCUUUGUCUCCCAGCUCUGGGGAGUAGGGGUCUUUGAAUUUUGAUACCUAGAUUCUACUCUACUCUUUAGCCUGCUCAUUCACUGAGGAAUUUUAAACAUUGUACUAAGUCACAGCGAAUGCUAGUGGUGGCACUAAACUCUUAAAUCUCAGAGUGCUCUUGCUAAGGUUGGGCAGAAUGUCAGAUGUCUCUUGUGCAGUUUUCCUUUGUCCAGAUCCUCUGUUUCCAGGGCUGGGGCUCGGUCCAUUUCAUGGUAGUCUGUCUCACUGCUUGCCUUCCAGCCUCCUGUACGGGGGAGAGGAGGUGGCAGAUGCACGGGUGUUUCCGGGCCAGGCUUGGGAUGGUGUGUGUGGCUUAUACCCUCGUUCUCUUGCUUAGAACUCUGUCAUGGCAGUCUAACCACCAAGGAACUGGGAGUAGCAGUUCCUCUCAGACGUGGGGGCGCUCUCAACACUUCUUCGUCCCUUACUGUGUUGCAGGCUGUGCUAGGGCUGGGAUGUAACUGCAAACAAGACAGACUUGGUUCCUCCUCUGGCCAAGGUCUGACGUGUGCUCAUUAUCUCCUUCGGUGCUUGGCAGGCCUCUGAAGCCAAAAUGGCCCCUUCUCCCAAAAUGGCUCAGGAUUCCCUCGGCCUUGUUUCCAACUGUCAGUUUUGGCUGCAGAAGCUUUCUAUAUGGGAACAGGCCUCCACUUUGGAAACUCAGCAGGACAUCUGCCUUCAUCUGCCUCGGUUCCAGGAGUUCCUGAUGCAGGUAUAUCAAUCCUUGAAAGAGAUGAAUUCCAAUACAGCCGUGGAAAGAGUUCCCAUAAUUGGUCAAGUGUUGGCAAAAAGUUGUUGGAAUCCUUUUAUCUUAGCAUAUGAUGAAAGUCAAAAAAUCCUUAUAUGGUGUUUAUGCUGUCUGAUUAACAAAGAGCCGCAGAAUUCUGGAGAAUCCGAACUUAAUUCCUGGACGCGGGGUUUAUUGUCUCAUCUACUGUCAGCAUUCAGAUUUGAUAUAAAAGAAUUUGGUGUUUUCACUCAAGGUCUUGGGUAUGAGCCUGUGGAUUACUGUCCAGGUGUGCUUGAAAAUAUGGUUUUAUCAUUAGUGUCUGAACUCAAGGAGAGUCGUUCUGAUGGAUUUAACACUCCGAGUCGGAUGGCUCCAGAGCGAGUGACGUCUCUGUCACGAGUUUGCAUUCCGCUUGUCACUCUUCCUGACAUUAAGCCCCUGCUGGAGGCUCUGCUCACCUACCAUGGACAUGGAUCUCAGGAAAUCCUCUGGCCUGAGUUCUUCGAAGCUGUGAAUGAGGCCUUUUUGCUGAGGAAGAUCUCUCUGCCCAUGUCUGCCAUCAUCAGCCUUUGGCUUCGGCAUCUGCCCAGCCUUGAAAAAGCAAUGGUGCAUCUGUUUGAAAAGCUAAUCUCCAGCGAGAGAAAUUGUCUGAGAAGGACAGAAAGCUAUAUACAAGCUUCAUGGCUGCCUCAAGCAGCCUGCCACCCUGCCAUAUUCAGAAUGGUCGAUGAAAUGUUCAGGAUCACACUCUUGGAAACUGAUGGAGCCCCAGAAAUCCUGGCUCUUCUUCAGGUGUUCACUCGGUGCUUUGUAGAGGCUCUGGAAAGAGAGAACAAGCAGCUCAGGUUUGCACUGCAGACAUACUUCCCAUACGCCACCCCAUCUCUCGCCACCAUGCUGCUGCAGCUUCCUGAAGCUAUCCAGGGAUGCCAGCUCCAGCCUCUGCAGUAUAUUUCGGACCUGCUCAGAGAAGCAGUUGAAGACCAGACUUAUGGGUCCCAGGGACACCCAUUCGAGAGCUGGUUUUUCUUUGUCCAUUUUGGAGGAUGGGUCAAUACGGUGGCUGAGCUGCUAUUGAAGUCAGAAGAUGACCCUCCUGUGGCUCUCCUGUGGCUCUUGGCAUUCUACUACAGCCCCCAGGAUGGGAGACUGCAAAGGGAGCAGACCAUGGUGGAGCUGAAGGCAGUGCUCGGCCGUCUCCGGACACUGUUCAGAAGCACGUCCCUCACGGCCACAGACCUGCAGGCUCUUGAGAACAGCACCACGGAGGCCAGACCUGCAUGGAGACAGCUGGUCAGACGCCUCCUGCUGGACUUCCUGCUGUGGGCCCCCGGAGGCCAUGCCAUCGCCCGGGAGACCAUCGCCCUUAUGGCUGGCACUGAUGAGCUAACCCAUGAGAUCAUCGGCUUUCUUGACCAGACCCUGUACCGAUGGGAGCAUCUUGGCAUCGAGCCCCCUAGGUCAGGAAAGCUGGCCAGAGAACUCCUUCAGGAGCUGCGAGCUCAAGUCUAGCAAGGAGUGCAGCUGCAUGGCCAUUCCAAGGGGUGACUACUUGUGGCCUCAAGCUAUGGAAUAAGGCCUUCUUGGAGCUGUAAGCAUGAGGCACACUUGUGCUGGGAUGACCUGGUCCUGUGUAUUUUGUAGAAUGAGGUCGUGUGCCUUAGCCCCCUCAGCCAGGUCUGCCCCUUGGGGCUUCUGCAGCUGUCCAGCCUGGGCACAGUGAGAGUGUAAGAGGUGCUCAAACUGCUUUCACUGAAAAGCACUGACUCCUUGUUGGGCCCACAAAUUAACUAAAAACUGGGGAAGCUUGGCAUCCCUGCCUCCAUUUUGCAUCUGUCUCUGCUCUAAGCCAUUCUCUCUGCAGUCACUUUACAAUCAGCUUGGAUUCCAGAAAGGACAGAACUGACAACAGCUUUAUAACAGGGACUAAAACUUCCCAUAAGGAACUGGAACGUGCAGGACAGAUGCCCCUCCUAAUGAGGACAAUGACCUACAGUGAUGAGGCUGCACCCUGCAGCAGGAGCAGUCAUCUCAUGGGAACCAGAUGG